AUGUCAGGUGCUGGAGGCUCGCAUGGCAUAGCCCGAACCGUCCGGAAACGCACCGAGGAGCAACGCCAGCAGGAUCUGAACAAGAUUAGCAAAUAUCGCGACUUGGAGGAUCAGAUCCGCCAACAGGUUGCCCAACAAAAAUACAGCGACUCUACCCUCCUCCACCUCACCACCAAGCUUCUCCGUCUCAACCCCGAAUACUACACAAUAUGGAACGUCCGUCGACGCUGUCUAAUCUCUGGCUCAUUAUCCAGACCGUCGGAUGGGUCAUGGCUCUCGAAGGGGUCGCCGAGUACUUUAGCGAGCGGCACUACGAAACUGCCUUCCGCCGAAUCCUCACAAUCGCCCUCGGAUGCGAUCCCGCGAGACCCAAAGUCCCAAACACCUACGAGGGAUGGGCAGAGUUCCUCAACAGUUAACGGAAACGGAGCGGGCGACGACGCGCUGCAACAACGGCCAGAGACCAAGAACGACGCUGAUGUACUGCAGUCCGAAUUACAGUUUACCAUUCCGCUCCUACUCGAAUUCCCGAAAUGCUACUGGAUCUGGAACCAUCGCUCAUACAUACUUCAUCUGUGCAUAUCACACCUUCCGGUCGCGCAGGCUCGCCAGGUUUGGACUGCAGAACUCGGACUGGUCUCCAAGAUGCUUUCCAAGGAUCCUCGCAACUUUCAUGCUUGGAGCUACCGACGGAAGGUGGUUGCCAAACUUGAAAGCGAGGAGCUGCAGGGCACGAGCAUGGCGGAGGCCGAGUUUGCAUACACGAGACAGAAGAUUGGGGAAAACUUGAGUAAUUUCUCAGCCUGGCACAACCGGAGCCAACUGAUUUUGAAGGUACUUGCCGAAAGAGGCGCCGAUGACGAGGCGCGUAAAAGGCUCCUGGAGGAAGAGCUCGAUCUCGCAAGAGACGGGCUCAACCUCGGCCCGGAAGACCAGAGUCUGUGGUAUUAUCAUCAGUUCCUCAUGUCCCACAUCCUAGAACACAUCGACAGGCCUACAAUAGCGCCUAAUCUGACCAUGCAGGAACGGGUAGAAUACGUGGAGAAGGAGAUUGAGGAGAUCAGAGACCUUGUGGCGGAUUAUCUAGAUGUGAAGUGGAUUUAUCAGGCACUGCUGGAGUACAGCGUAGCGCUCGAGGCCUUGAAGCACGGCCAAGGCACAACGGCGGGAGAUUCAAAGUCGUCCGGCGAGACCAGAGAUUGGCUUGCGAAACUGAAACAACUCGAUCCGCUUCGCAAUGGAAGAUGGACUGAUGUCGAGAAUACCUUAUAG